AUGGUAUUAUUAGAUAAUGAAGGAUUCCUCGAUCAAUUACAUAAGCUUUUUCAAGCUAAAGCAAAGAGUGGGAGUGUUUGGUAUACAAUGAAGAGAUAUGUAGGAGGUAUGGAUGGUAAACUCAUAAAAGGAGAUAAUAAAGAAGAAGAAUCUAAAUGUUUAAUUCGUGCAACUGCUGGUAAAAAGACUAUUUCAACUAUUGUUUUAAAAGAUAAUCUAUUAUCAUUCCAAUCAAAGUUUAAAAAUGUAUUAAUAUUAAAUUUGGAUAAUUUAAAGAGAGAUAAACAACCAGAAGAACCAAAAUCAAAGAAUACUAAAAAGGCAUUGCCAAUGAAGAAGGCUUAA